AAGAUACAACUCAUAAAGAUGCAGCUCUUAAAGAUAUUGCUCAUAAAGAAGAUACAACUCAUAAAGAUGCAGCUCUUAAAGAUAUUGCUCAUAAAGAAGAUACAACUCAUAAAGAUGCAGCUCUUAAAGAUAUUGCUCAUAAAGAAGAUACAAUUCAUAAAGAUGCAGCUCUUAAAGAUAUUGCUCAUAAAGAAGAUACAACUCAUAAAGAUGCAGCUCUUAAAGAUAUUGCUCAUAAAGAAGAUACAAUUCAUAAAGAUGCAGCUCUUAAAGAUAUUGCUCAUAAAGAAGAUACAACUCAUAAAGAUGCAGCUCUUAAAGAUAUUGCUCAUAAAGAUAUUACUUGUAAAGAUACAACUCGUAAAAACGUUGCUCAUAAAGAUAUUACUUGUAAAGAUACAACUCGUAAAAACGUUGCUCAUAAAGAUACAAUUUAUAAGGACUUAACUUAUGUAGAGAUUACUUGUGAAAAUAGAACUUGUGAAGGUAUUAUUUGUGAAGAUAUAACUCAUCAAGAUAUUGAUACAACUUAUAAAAAUAUCAUUGACCUUGAAGAUACAACUCAUAAGGAUACAAGAUUUUAUGAAUUACUGCCAUUUUCAUUUUCUACAAUUGAAUGGGGAAAUUCCAUUACUACUAAACUCAGAAAAAAUAAAGCCGAAAAAUUUAGAUUAUAUUGUGUGGAUAUGAGGGAUCUUAAUGAUCUUCAUAGUUAUGAAAUUUUAAAGAAAUUUGGUGUUGAUGAAACUUCAGUUAAUAAUAAGAUUGGAUCAGCAUUUUGUCUACUUGAGAAUAAAAAACUUGUGAUCAAUAGUACUGACAAUGGUUGUUUGGCACUUUGGAAUAUUUCAAAUAGUCAACAAGGCUUAGAAAGUCAAAUACCACAAAUUAUCAUAAAUGUUUUUAAUGAAGACUACAUGACAAAUAAAAUAACUUCAUGUGACAGUAGAGAUGAUGGAACUAGUGUUAUAUCUAGUACAUCUGGUAAAGGUCAAUUGAUAAUUUGUGAUUAUAAAAUCACAAGUUGUCAUUAUAAUCCAUAUGUAGAAACUUCUCUAUUAACUGCGGGUGUGGAUGGCACUAUUAAAUGGUGGGAUACACGUAAAUUAAAAGGAAUUCUUAAUAAUUUACCAUGCCCAUUACAUACUUUUAAAAAACAUAUUGGUGGAGUAAAUAAAGUAAGCUGGUCGCCUCAUAUUAAAUCAAUAUUUGCAAGUUGUUCAGAUGAUAAUACAGUUAUUAUAUGGAAUUCAGAAAAUAUUGAUAAAGAAGAAAUUGGGAUGUGUUUUACACAUAAAGGACAUCGGUCUAAAGUUGUUGAUUUUGCAUGGCAUCCCAAUUCAGACUAUGAUAGAACCAUUGCAUCAGUAUCUUCUAGUUCAGAAGUUAAUGUAGGACUAUUACAAGUGUGGAGUCCAUAUCUCCCACUCCUUUAG